AGAGGAUCGUCUUGCCGCUUUCGCAGCCGCUUUCGCCGCCGCAUCUCCCUGAGCCUCUGUCCGGUAGGCAAGUGAGAGGAUCGUCUUUCGUUUUUUCCGCCACCUCUCCCUAACCUCCUGUCCCGUGGGCAAGUGAGAGAUUCGUAUUGUCGCCUUCUUGCGCUGGUUUUCUUGGUGUAUAUGUGUUACGGCGCUCCCCAGCUUUCCCAGAGACAGGAGUAGACGAGCUGCGUCAAGCUUUCAAGUCUGUCUUCCCGUUACAUAUCGAUAGCCCUCAUAAUACAGAUUCGGCAGUGGACCGCGUCAAAAUGCCUGUCCCCGAGGGUGUAGUUACCCCAAAAUUACGCUGCGAAAAACCUGGCUGCGAGCUUACCAACUUUACUACUCGAUCCAAUCUAAAGAGGCACACCCGGUCUAAACACGGUACUUCUAUUCCCAUGUCUUGUGGUAGAACUCUUCAAAACCAUACCUCGAAUAUUAAGCGCCACCAAAAGUCAUGUGAGAAAUCUUGCGCGGCUCUAGAGUCCUCGCCUUCCGAUGGGCAAGUCGGCUCCGAAUCACCUACAAAUGCGACAACCGGUGCCACUGAGGCCCCGGACUUCGAUUUCAACCACGGCUUCUAUUCGGACGAUUUUGGAGAAUUGGAGUUUCUCAAUGAGGAUUUCACUUUCGGGGAGGAUCAGCCAGAGUACCGCCCCUAGCACGAGCGAGUUCCUCGUUGCUCGACUGAUGUGUGGUCAAAUCAGACGUGAGCACGGAGCUCCCCGCUAGGAGAGGCAGUUGCGGCAACUUUGAAUGUGGCAGGGGGACGUGCGAUGAACCAUGGACGUCUUAUACCCCUUCCAAAGCUCUCUACCUAUUUCAUGUGUUUAUACAUUUGUUCUUAUACCCCAAUCGCUCUUUGAAAUACACGAAAAUCCGUCCAUGCAACUUGCCAAAGACCAAAUCAAAAGAUUUCGGCUCAGUGACUUGAUAUGUUUGCGAACCCCACUGAAUAAGAAAACUGAGGUGGGUCACCACCAAGGGCGAGUUUACACUACGACUUAUCAAGGCCUGUGUAAGUGAGGUGGACCCCGGCAUCCAUCAACGAGACGUGACAGGGUUAGGUUGAGCUCUUGUUUCGUCAUCGGCUCCUAACGUCGGAUUCCGACCGCUUGUGUGUAGGUGAAUUAGAAGUUCAAGAAGAGAAUCCUU